CACCUCUUGCUCCCCUCCUCCUUCUCCUCCUCUGCCACAUAGCUGCUGCUGCUGGAACCAACUUCAUGUUUACUCCGACCUCAUUAGCAGCUAGCAGGGCAAGCUAAUGUUGUAGCUACUUCUAUCAGCAAAUUGUGGAAAAAGGAUUUCCCUCGUACAACACAUUUGUCAAAGCACAAGUUGAAGUCGUCGCAAAAGGACAAGGUUCGGCAGUUCGUGUCCUUCACACAGGCAGGGGAGAGGACAGCUGUGUACUGCCUGACACAAAAUGACUGGAAACUAGAAGUAGCCACCGACAACUACUUUCAAAAUCCAGACCUCUACUACAAAGAAUCCAUGAAAACUUCAGUGGACCGCAAGAAGCUGGAACAGCUCUACAACAGAUACAAAGACCCUCAUGAUGAGAAUAAAAUUGGCAUUGAUGGGAUCCAGCUGUUUUGUGAUGACCUGAUGCUGGACCCAGCCAGUAUGAGCAUUCUGGUGGUGGCGUGGAAGUUCAGAGCAGCCACACAGUGCGAAUUCAGCAGGAAGGAGUUUGUGGAUAGCAUGGCAGAGCUAGGCUGUGACAGUCCAGAAAAGCUCAAAGCAAUCCUUCCCAGGCUCGAGCAAGAGCUUAAAGACACAGGAAAGUUCAAAGACUUCUACCAGUUUACCUUCAACUUUGCCAAGAACCCCGGCCAGAAGGGUUUAGACCUGGAGAUGGCUGUGGCCUACUGGAAUCUAGUUCUAACAGGUCGUUUCAAGUUCCUGGAUCUCUGGAAUCGCUUCCUGCUGGAACAUCACAAGCGGUCAAUUCCCAAGGAUACAUGGAAUCUCCUCCUUGAUUUCGGCAAUAUGAUUGCUGAUGACAUGUCAAAUUAUGAUGAGGAAGGGGCGUGGCCUGUGCUGAUAGAUGACUUUGUGGAGUUUGCUCGACCAAUCGUAGCCGGAAGCAAGCGCAAAAUGACAUAGUGUUGGUCCUGCCUUCAUGCUGUAUUUGGCGUUUGUGCUUCUCAUAGUUUUCUUUUUUGAACGGAGAAGUUUUUUU